AUGCGAUUGGUGAGCAAAACCCUUCGAGAUGUGAAGCCAAAGCGUUUUGUCCUCCAUCCUCGAUUCCCACUUUCACUCCAGCGCCCUCAGUUGCAUGGAUAUGGUAUUCGGUUACCCGCACCGGAACUUGGAAAUAAUUCACGGUACUAUUUCUCAGCAUCGUCCUCGAACAACUCGGAAAGCCCUUUUGAUGUUCUCUUGUCAGAACUAUCCGAUAAAGUCCAAGUGACACAGAAGGCGCCUACGCAGCAACAGAAGCCGACCUUUCCCCCAAUUCAAGAGACGAAGCUAUUUGGGAAAUGGAGAGCUCUGUUGACCGACCCUUACCGUCUCUCUGUCGAGUCUGACUUUGACCGGCGCGGUCCUGCCAAAGAAUGGCACAGCAAGCUGUUGGUAGACAAAUUCGAAAACCGUAAUGAUCUUGCCUUAUGGAGUGCUCUCCUGGAUUACCAAAAGAGAGUUAAUGGGGACCUAGGCGUUUGGGGCGUUUGGAAAGGUCUCUGGGGUCGCAAGUCGCUGUACGAUGUCCAGAAUCCGCUUGCGCCUGCGUUUUGGCAAACAAUGUUAGAGGCCGCAGUGAAGUCCAGGGAAAACAAGUUCCUAACGAGUGUCUGGGUUUACAGCGAGUGGAUGUAUGAGAUGCAUGGUGUAAAAUGGCCGCAUCUCUACUCGACAGUUCUGUCGCAUUUUUUGCGCACUCACCAACACCAUCAAGCUCUGCAGUGGCAACUACGAUUAACUCCGAACUUUUACCCGGGAGCAGACGAAUUUGCGAAUAUAAUCAAGCAGUUUGCAAAUGAUCAAGAGUUGUACCGUACUCCUAUUCUCGAGUCCCUGUACAUAAUAAACUCCAAUCGUCAGCUAUAUGAUAUCCUCGUCCCAUAUCUGUACGACUUAGGCGCAUCCCGGCUAGCGGCACAAUGGCGACGUACUUGCGUUCGACAUGACGAUUUACCACUAGCACACGUUUCUGCUCGGCCCUUUCUGAGAUUUCUGAAGGGAUAUUUCCCUCAUGUACCACUUCAUCCCGAGGAAUCCGCCGUGAUCGACAACUUGAAUUUUGAGUCAAAGGAAGAUGCGGAGAAAAUUGAAAUAUCUCGAGAAUUCAUGAAUCGUGUGCACGGCGGAACAUUCGGCAUCAGCGUCAAGAAUUAUAACGAUCGACUAGGAGCCAAGUGGCUGGCCAGCUCCUGGGUCAGUUUGAAUACUGCCAUAUCGACAAUCUCCGCUUUAGGCAUUGGUGAGAUUGGACCGUUGUCGUUGCAAUCAAUCGCGCUAAGAGAAGGAACAUCAAAGGGCGUAUUAAAGCGUAUCGAGCAACUACGCGAGCAGGGGAUUUCAGUUAUCGAAUCUAACUAUUUGAGAUUGGUCCUCUAUCUAGCCAAGAUGAACGAUAAUGAGCUUCUUCUUGACCUUCUACAUAGCGACCUUCAUCCGGAUGUAUUUGAUGAUGCUGAGCUACAGUCGCAUCUCGUUGUCUCUACGGCUAAUUCAGAAGAUUGGAGGACUCAUCGGCUUAUGUUAGCUACACGGCUAGCAGUGAUGGAUAAGUCAACUCGCCAAACAGCCAACGCACUUGCUGAAACUUAUAUUCUGCACAAAGACCGAGCAGGGCUCUCGAAGCUCUUAGACGAUAUGAAGGCAAUGGAAAUCACACUCGAUUCUAACCAGACAAGCCUCAUUUUUGACAGUCUAAUCAGCGAAGCUAAGUCGACAUUUCUACCUGAAGACUCACUCUAUUUUUACCUACCUAUUUGCCGACAACUUGCGGCUAUGGAAAUCCCGGUACCCAUUGACUGUUGGCGGAAGAUACUGUUCUGUCUUGCUCGACAAAGCAGAGUAGACGAUCUAGAAAAACUCAGUAUUGAAUUGGCAGAUAUGUUUACUUCCUUCCAGUCUUCUCGCCCGGGUUUCGCUCCUGUACACCCAGAAGAUAUACCGGAAUCCAUGAAAAAGCCGCUAUCCGGUGUUGAAAAUCUCCUGGGUGUAUAUGUUCCUUUGGACUUGCCAAUCCAGGCACCCCUGCAUCCGUUACGCCAGAUAUUCGAUAAUAAGCUAUUAGGGACUAUCGUGCGCUAUUCAUUUUACUCCUCCCCGAAACAAUCCAACGAAAUCACUCCCAUGCAAGGUCAUCGUCAACGAUAUCUAAAAUCCGGCGGCGGUCGAGCUGUUAGAUUGCUACGAAGUCUUUACGACCGGGGCGUUCUUAUUGAAAAAACCCACUUAGUUGCUCUGAUUAAACUACGCCUAAUCACCUUCUAUGGGCCUGGUUAUCCAACGAGGAGAGGAUGGCAAGUGGCCAGAGCGAACAAUAGUCUAACGUUGAAGGAAAUGAAAUCUUGCCUGGAUGAGGCUUGGGGAGAAGAACUCCUUCCACCGCUAGAGAGGCUCCAAGAGGAGAUUGAGACUCGCGGUCGUAAGUUGAUGAUACGAGAUAAACAGUAUCUACAAAGUAUGGGGAGGACAGUACCUCAACUUCGUAUCGUGUUGUAG